AUGCCGGGGCUAGUAGAGUUCAGGGAUUGGCAGCACCCUGUGCUUAAGUGGAGUCUCCCAGGUGUCAGUUUAGGUCCGACGCUUCUCCUGGUUUCUUGUCCUCUCUGCAACCACCCAUGGGAGAAAGACAAUCUGUCCUUCGGAGGCCCUAGUCAGAGAUGUGACGGUAUCCCGGGGACGGGACUACCUGAACACGGGGAUGAUGGCGAGGACGUCCAGGCAUUUAGGGUGCGGUGGCCCGUUACAAACAACAACAACAACUACUAUGGCGUCAAGCCUUGCAAUUGUGAUGGCUUUGCCAACAACCCGGCCGCCACCGCCCAUACCACCGCUGACACCACCCCCACGCUACGCAUGGCACCAGAGGCCGGGCCGGGGGCAAAGAGGCCAUGAACCCGGCCCCGACAAAAGGGGCUCAACAAGCAGCAAGUCGAGCACGGGGAGUGGCAGUGGGUUCGUUGCAGAGGCCUCAGGUCUGCACGUUACCCAGGCAACAACCCUACGCCACCGAAGUGGCCGCAGCCCUUGCCGCCGCGAUUCGGCGCCCGUUGACGGUUGGACGGCAAGAAGGGAGAGCUUCUGCCCACGGCCGAGCGCCAGUAACGUUCUUCUUGGUUUUCUUUUGUUUUUCGCGCUUCGGCGCCAGGCACAUAGGCCGGAUGGGCGGGAGGGUGCGCUAAUCGCACAGACCUGUGUUGCCAUGUACGUAGCAGAAUGAAAUCUUGUGGCGCCAUACCUUGUAGGCUUUCUCCACUUCUUGUCCACCGCAUCAGGCACCGGAACAAAGCUGCAGGAUGCCUUGGAGAUCAUAGCUUGUUAUCUGAAUGUCACUGAGAUAAC